AUGGGGGAGAACAGGAGGCCAACCAGGAAGAACAGGGAUGGUCCUAGUAAGAGCGGGCGCGGGGGGCGAAACGAGUGGGAAGGAGCAGGGGCAGCGGGCGACAACAGGCGGUGGGCACGACCAGACCGCAGAGGGGGAAAGGCGGGAGCAGCGAACAGAGGGGAGGCGAGAAAGCCAGGAGGGGGGGGGCAAACAGUGGGGGGAGGAGCGGGAGGCCAGGAAAAGCCGUGGGGAGAGACGACGGCGGCACCACGACGAACCAAAAACACCGGGGACGAGGAGGGACGGGGCAAAGGCGACAAGGGCCAACGCGGCGGCACAGUCUGGGGUGUUAUCUCCGCCAACAGAGGGAGGACGGCAGCAAGCCCGUGA